CUAGCGCCUCCACCCCUGUCGUGGUAACGCUCUUGUACGCCCAUUUGGCCCGUGUAGACGUCGUUUAUGAAAUUGUUUUCCAAUCUCCCACGCCUGAAUCCUAGGAAUGGCUAGAGAAUACGACCAUUUAUUCAAAUUACUAAUAAUCGGAGACAGCGGAGUUGGAAAGAGCAGCUUGUUGCUGAGGUUUGCUGACAACACUUUCACGGGGAACUACAUCACAACUAUCGGGGUAGACUUCAAGAUCCGCACACUCGAAGUAGAUGGCGAGCGAGUCAAGCUGCAGAUCUGGGACACAGCCGGUCAGGAGCGGUUUCGCACCAUCACAUCGACGUAUUACCGAGGUACCCAUGGUGUGGUCGUGGUCUAUGAUGUCACAAAUGGGGAGUCCUUUGCCAAUGUCAAACGCUGGCUUCACGAGAUUGAGCAGAACUGCGAUGUCGUCAAUAGGAUCUUAGUGGGCAACAAAAAUGAUGACCCAAGUAGGAAAGUGGUGCUAACAGAGGAUGCACAGCGCUUCGCCGACCAGAUGGGCAUACAGCUAUUUGAGACAAGCGCCAAGGAGAACAUUAAUGUCGAAGAGAUGUUCAAUGCCAUUACGCGGAUGGUGCUCAAGAGCAAGAAGGAGCAGAAGGAGCGGCAGCAGGUGCCCGAGGACAAGCUGCGGUUAAAGCCCGGUGGACACAAGAAGAAGAAGCAGUGCUGCUGAUUGGCGGCGGCCCUUCCCCCACCACCAGCACCCUUCCGUGCAGCUCUCGUUGCCGGAAAACCUGUACAUUUGAAUAGGAUCGGGGGAAGAGGACGUGGCUCAUUCCCUCUGGGGGGGUGUACAGCGUCUGCCAAGAGCUGCCAGUGCGAAGAAACUCUCGUCGUCGCCAUUCGCUUUUUCCCUCUUUCUUCAUUCCUUCCUCCUCCGUCUGCUCGUCCUCUGUCUAUGCCCGUUGCUCACUGCCUCGCGGUACUUCAAGGCGUCACCAGUGUUGAGGAGGUGGGGACUACAGUGUGCACCAUGCAGCGGGUUUUCUCUUUUUUUUAUGUUCGCCCGUCUAGCCUCGCUAACAUAGCGGUCUGUGUGAAAGCGUGCACCUUGCCCACCAGUCCUGGUUUUUGUUGCUGCCGUCACUGCAAGCAUUGCUCGAGCCAUGACCUGUCUGUGCAAAUGUUUAUUGAUAAGCGUGGCAGCGGACGACACCCUCUGAGCUACAGCCGCAAGCGGGCGGGUGCUGUCUGCAGAAGGACGUGCAGCUUGGUUCUCUGUAAAUAUGAUGAAGGGGGAAGUGCAGCCGGGCUUCGGCAGGCAACCAUGCGCAUCCCAAAGGAGCAUGUAGUGGUGGGCCCGGGUGGUGGAUAUUUGUGAGCAGAUUGUGGUGUGCUUCAGUGUGAUGCAGGCUGAGCAAGCGUUUGUACGCAAAAGAUGUUGUGCUCAGGUGUUAGGUCUGCGAUAGCAAGAAGUGGUAGCGCGAUUGGACAGCACAGCUGCUUAGUAGAGAGCACGCAAUGCCGUGUCUGUUGCUCGGCCUUUAUAUGUGUUUGCAAAAGCCUGCGCACUUGCAUCUCCUCCCGGUAAGUCUGGUGGGAAAGCAUGCAUGUAAUUCUCAUGUCUAAGCCCUGUCUUGUCUAUGUAAUUUUUUUAAACUUCGCUCGAUAGCAACAUUGCUCCGUUAUCUUUGUUUGCCCUUUCUUAUGCCGGUGUGCUCAUUGCAGCUUUUUAAAAAUUAGCGCUGCAGGUCGAAACGUGAAUUAAGGGAGAGAUUUCCAGAUAGGCAUUGUAGCAGACAGCUUCUUGAAGCUGUGGGGCCAGCAGGGAAGAGACUAUCACCAUUUUUGUUCGGAUUAGUCUUAGUCACCGAAUUUUUGCAUACAUAGCAUGGAGCCUUUUUUUUCCCCCCCACAUGGGACUCUAGAUUUUGAAGCGCAGAAUGUGUCAUCUUUUUGAUCUUUUUCUUCGUCCAGUGUGCUUCAUCACAACCAUCACUUGCAUCAUAUAUUGUUGUCAGUAUCACUGGAUGUAAAUUGCUCUUGAAAUGCUGCUGUGUUUCUGCAGAGGCAUAUAUAGCGUUUAUUGGUUAUAUAAAUACAGGUUACUGUGUUAUAUUUUGCAUUGCUUAAGCACUUGUCAAUGCAGAGUUUUAGUUAUGUCAUGCCAGAGAAAUAUCACCAUCUUAUGUGCAACUCUGCAAGGCGCGUGGCUCCCUACAGAGCAGUGUACACUGCAUACUGUCCCCCUUGUUUCUCUCUCUUCUCUUUUGUGAGCAGAGUAAUUUUGAUGAGUAUUUCUUACGUCUCUGCUGUGUCUCCUGGUUCAUGCAGGUCACACUGGUCACUUGAGCUGCAUAGCACAUUUGCUUGGCAUUUCACUGUGCUAGCAAAGUGCAGCAGGAUGUACCAUAAAAAUAGUUUGUAGCAAGUGUGUUUUUGUUGUGUUUUUUUGUUGAACGUGUUGUUUUCUUAGUUCCAGCCGGUUCACUUGGGAUAUGAUGGAUGGAGGCCAUAGGCCUGUUGUAUGCGCAGUUUUACUCAUCUUGCACGCCCUUUCGUGUGAGGAAGGUACUCGAGUUGUGCCCGGGUUUGGUAGAAUUUAUAGUCGUAAGCAUUUUCUUUUUAUUUUUAAUUCCUGCAAUUGGUUAUGACCCGAAGGAGCUUGCACCACGAUUGUGACUGUGUUGUUGAAUUUGUGGGUUAUGGUAAUUAUAUCUGGGUCAUCGUGUGAAGCGAAAAUGGAAGAAAAUGUGCCCGCACUGCAUGUUACAAAAGUAUGUAGUCUGCCUUUUAUUUUUUUCUUAUAUUUGCUGACAAGAGGAAGAAAAAAAAAGGUGGUUUCGCUCUGGACGCUUUGUAAAGUGCUGUGUGUGCCCCAGCAAGAGAGUUAGCGCUCCACUGCGCAAAGAACAUUGAAAGUAAAAAAAAAAGAAGAAAAAAAAAAGCAUACAGUGAAUUUUACAGUGCAAAAUAAACAUAUUGAAUCAUA